UCCAAGCAAGAAACCGGAGGAGAAAUCGGUAAAUAACCAAACACCAAUUUAGCCAACUCAGUUGAAAUCGAGGUUGGUAGGUUUAUAUAACAGUAACAAAUUCGGGGUUUUAUGAUUUGGUUAUCUUGAGGAGAUGAGCGGCUGAAUUUGAUCGGUGAAUUAGGGUUUGAAUUUGGCGGGAAACCAUUGGGAGAAAGCUUCAAAUGUGAAAAGGGUUUAUAUCAAUUCCCAGAGUAUUUCUGAUAUUUUAAUCUGCAGUAUGGAGCAAGUAGCAAAACGGCGUCGUAUUGAAGAAGGAGGAGAAGAGUCAAAGCCUUUGUUUAUAAACGCUCAGCUUCACUGUUCUGAAGUAUCAGAAACAAUGAAAGCUUCAGAGUCUGGGGCUUCGAUGGCGUCUAGCAACAAAGAGGAGAAGAAGAAGAAGGUUACAAAGCCUCAAUUCGUUCCGGCUAAAGAUGAUAGCAAGCCUGUGCUUCAAGACCCAAUUUUGAGGUCGGAUCCGAUUGAGACUGAGGAAGCUGUGCUGAGGUUGCCUCCAUUUUCGCUACGCUCAGGUCAUCAGGAAGCUUGACAUCACAGUGGGGUGAAAUGCUAUUACUUUUACUGCAGUUAUUGGUUUUACUAGUUGAACGUCCAAUGCCUUCAAUGGGAUUAUGUGGCUCAAGAUUUGAUAUUUUUAAUGCAAUGUGAUUUUCAUUUGUGGGCAAUCUUUAGAGGGCAUUGAAUUAGUUUAUGUGUAAGUUGAUGAAAGUUGCAAUGAAGGUCUGAGUUUUAUCUGGAAUCAUGUGAAAACACAUAGUUUGCUCAAAUCAUAUAACUACUUUUGAGGAUUCUGUGUAAUGGAGGCUGGUGAAUAUCCAGCUGAGCAAGACUCAAUUGCUUUCUUUGUG